GGGAUUGUGCCCUUGUGCUAACCUCGGUAUAUUCCGUCUUCAUGUUCUUUGUCGUAUGCUACCUUCUCUACCGAUCGCCGUCCAAAGUCGAGUCCAUAGAAGGCGGAUAUCCGCGAUCCCAGUUCAAAGGUUAUUCUGAGGACGACAAGAAUGACACUGGUAGUGGAACCGAACCUCCUACUCGAAGUCCGAACACCGGAUACUUCUUUCUCGAUACCAAUCAGACAUUCACUAAACGAUGUAGACAAUGUUCGGUGGUUUCGAGUGGUGGUCACCUCUAUCAAUCUUGGGCCGGUGCCGACAUCGACAGCGCCGACUGCGUCAUCAGAAUGAACACUGCCCCCGUCACCGGCUGGACGGAGGACGUCGGGGCUCGAACCGACAUCCGUAUCAUCGGGCAUGUCAACAUGCGCCGGGGUUUCGUCAAGAAUGGCCCCCUUCAACAAGAGAUUCUCGAGGACGAGGACACGAGAGCCAAGUAUGUCGUCGUUCCUUGGCUUUAUGAUGAGGACAUCAACAUGACAACUCAUAGAGUGGUCAAGACUGCCAGAGGUUUUAAGAAGAAGUAUCCCGAAGUGAACUUUGUUUUCCUGACCAGGGAAAAGUAUGAAGCAUCUGAGAAGAGGUUCAAGCUUGAGACUGGCUUUUCCAGAGACGAGAUCAACACAUGGUUCACCACUGGUUUUGUAUCCAUGAUGUUUGCCCUAGAUGUAUGUGACAAGGUACACGUUUACGGACUAUCCACGUCUGAAUUCUGCAUACAUCACCCCAAGUCCAAGGUCCCUUACCACUACUACGAACCAGAGAACACGACGGAAUGCGCUUACAUAAAUGCAAGAGAGCUGGGACUAACCAAGGGCCACAAAUUCAUGACCGAACGUGCCAUGUUCGCUCGCUGGUCGCUGAUCUACGACAUCACCUUCCAUUACCCGUCUUGGAAGGCCACCAUCGAGAACGUCACCGGUAAUCUGGAUACGCCGUUCCUACGCAAAUACAAGGAGGCGUUGAAGAGCGGUAAACUGGAGGGUGUCCCGCAUUAUGUGUACAAGAAUGGGACACGGACCCGCGUUAUUUACAAACGUCGGGUUAAAAAGAUCGCCGGUAAAGCACCGCAGAACGGUACGAAAGUAGAAUCGCAAACUAAAGACCAGAAUGUGACGGUCAAUACAGAUAAGGAUCAUGCUCCUCGAAAAAGGAGGAAGGUUGUCAGAAAAGCUGUCAGGAAAAAGGCGCCUAAGGAUGAAAAAUCGUUAACGGAAAUAGAUUCACAAACGGCACCACAGAACGGUACGAAUGGGGUGGAAAAAAAGACGUCUGAGGACGAAAAGUCAUUACCGAAAGUAGAGUCGCAACUUAAAGACCAGAAUCUGACAGUCAGUAAAGAUAAGGAUCAUGCUCCUCCAAUAAAGAAGAAAGUUGUCAGAAAAGUUGUCAGGAAAAAGCGUAAUAAAACAGGGAAAUGAAGACGACAACUUUGUAGUGCACCAGCGAAAGGGGGAUUUGGUCUGCGCGCAGCACGUAAAAUAUGUAACUUGACUUUGACUUAUGCCGUCCACGCAGGCCAGUGGCCUCGUGAUGGCUUCUGUAUGGUAAUGGUGUGCCAAGUAUUUCUGUCUGCUGCCAGUCUUGAUGCAUCUGUCAGCCUUGGUAUAUGGAUCUUGCUUUGCAGUCCUCUGAGAUGCAGUCAAGCCAUCUUUUGGGUGGACGGUCUCUGGGUCGAUUCCCAGUGACAUUUCUUUCAACGGCAAGUUUGGGGUAUCUUGUGGGUUUCAUUUUUAGGACGUGACCAAAAUAUUUGAGUCUUUUAGUGGAGACCUUGUCCAUAACAACUUGAUCGAGGUUAAGGGAUUCUUUGAUGUGUGUGUUACGGAUCUUAUCUAGUCUUGUCACCCCCAUUGUGCGACGAAGGCAUGCCAUUUCAAACAUUUGAAGCCUGUUGCUAUAAGCCUGUUGCUAUAAUAUGUAACAUUUAAGAAAAAUGAUGGAUUGCAGAUCACUCUUUCGAUUGUUUGGACCUACCUCUAUUUGGUGUUCUACCACGUGAUUCUGAAGACUCGCCUCCGUUUAACGGGCCGGAAAAAGUGUGGACAAUAUAGUGGCGGUUCCCCACUCAGUGGGUAGAGAGAUAGUCUCGUAACCGGUCUCGACGCGCUAGUGCCUUUUAAAGGCAUCGAAUUUAAUUGAAUUUAUUUUCUUCUGCAACAUACAAAUCAACUUAC